CUUGGAAAUUUGCUAUUAAUCAUCGCAAGAUUCCCUCCUGGGGAGAAUUUGCUAAUCAAAGUAAGUACUGGCUGGUAAUCCAGCAAUUGAAUGGCUUCCCCUUCAGCUAGAAACUACAUAAAUUACUAGGCACCAUAACUAAUAUCAAUUCUCUAAGUUUCUUGGAAUAAAUGAAUCUUAAAUACAUCAAUGCUACUUUGAGGAAUCAAAUAGGCUACACCUUAAGAUCCUUAUAAUCCAAAUUUUUUGGAACCAUGUCCAGUCAUCAAACUAUGGGUAGGACUUAGAAACCCAACUAGAAUGGUUCCCAAAAGACUGGGACCCUAAAGAAUGAAAUUAGUAGCCAUACCAAGUGUGAAGCAAUAGUAUAAGCAUCAAUGGGAGAUCUUUUUAUUACAAGUAUGAGAAAACUAUAGACAAUGCCAGCCAAGACACCAAUAAAAGCAGAUUACCAGAUUCUAACAUCAUCAACCAUAGCCAAAAUAGCAACAAUUCUAGCCACGCAACCUCUGAAUAAGGCAACUAACCUUAACUUGAGGGUCUACUAGUAGUAUAAAAAGAAACUAGUGAGAACUGAGAAUUUAUAUGCCACAAUAGUGUUGACUGCUAUCACUCCUUAGUUAUAUUGCUCAAACUUUCCUUAUGAAUUAGCUCCAUUAACGAAUAUUAAGAUUGCAAUUGUCAAAAUAAAGGAUCCAUAUCUAAUAUAAAUUUGAGAAUGAUGAUGUAGGAAAAUAUUUGGAUCUAUAUAGCCAUUUUUACCUCUUCUCUCCUUCUAAAAUACUGAAACAGUAAUGCUAAAAUACCACCUAAAAAGUGGUCAUAGCUAGCUCCUGCAAAAUCUACAAAUCCUAUGUAACUCAACCAUCCUGUAGGUUA